AUGAGAAGAAGGCGUAAGAUGAUUCUUUUCCACGGUGUCCCAGAGAUUAAAAAUGAAGAUAGUGCAGCCAGAAUCACAAGUUUGAUCGCUGACCACCUCGAUCUGCAGAACUUUUCUACCGAAAGCAUUAAAGACUCUUAUCGCUUAGGCCGCCCCGCCGACAAGCCUAGGCCUAUCGUAGUGAAAUUUAGUGAUGUUAAUGUGCGUAAUAAAGUGUGGUUCGCCAAAACCAAACUCAAAGGCACUGGUUUCACCCAGUCGGAGUUCCUCACGAAGAGUAGGCACGAAGCGUUUUUGGAGGCAAGACAGCGUUUUGGUGUCACCAAGUGCUGGACUCGGGAUGGGUACAUCCACAUUAUAGCCCCGGAUGGGUCUCGGCAUCGUGUGGAGUGUAAACUGGAUUUAAGUGUAAUUCCGAGCAAUCCAGUUAAAUCACCGCAGAACGUAUCAGUUCCCAAAACAACAGACAAAGUGGUGGCUUCUCGCGUUAAACGAAUAGUCAAAAAA